GACACGCCUGAGCGCUCACGUGGUCCACCAGAGCCGACCUCCAGCACCAUCUCGAAGUACUACCGCGAGAGGAAACUGGAAGAGGGGACCCGGGCUUUUAAGUGGCAAGAGGAGGCUGAUUUCGCUGCGCUCAGGGAUCGCGUCGCCGAGCUUGAAGAGAUGGUGGAGGAGCUGCAGUCACAGCUCAAUGAGAACCAGGCUGAUAGCGCACCUGCUGAAAACG